CCCGCCCCGUGUCCCUGGCUGAUGAAAUGUGAGAAGUGCCGAUGCAGCAGCCUAUUGAAUGAAAAGCUCUAACGCUACUGUGAGCUGCCAGCACUCGGCGGGGACUCUAUGCAGUGCUCACUAGCUCCAGCUGUCAGCCCGAGGAACACCGACCUGUGCCAAAAAGCAACAUGACUAAAGUGACCAGCGGUUCCUCCGGUUGUCGGGCCGUGGUAAUGGCGGGGAAGUACCUGUCGAGCCCGUGUCUGCCGGCGCUGACCCGGUGUUCCGGCGAGCGGCCGCGGAGGAUGUUCGGUCCGCAGCGCCGCAUGAUGAACUCGGAUGCCGCCUGCUCGGUAGGAAAACCCGCGGCUUGGGCCCGGCAGGAGCACCCGGGCUAUUUCUCUGCCGCAGACCGCCAUGUCCUGGCCAACCGGAAUCUGAUUUACCGGGACGUCAAGGCUUUUCUCCGUGAAGUCGGUGGAGACCCGCGGGAGGCUCGGUACUGGCUGACCCAGUUCCAGAGAGCGAAUUCGUCUCAGUCUCCUGCCUUUGCCGUACUGGAGGUGGACAGCUCCGUGUUUGACCGUAAAGAAAUGGUUCAGAGCUUGGCCUUCGGACUCUCCUUCCUGCAACGGAUGGAUAUGAAGCCUGUGGUGGUGAUGGGCCGGACUGAGUACGAGGAGACAGGGCCCAAAGAGCCGGUGGCCGGGUCUCGUUUCACCCAUGGGCUGGUGGAGCGGUGCCAGCAGCUGACCGAGGCGCUGCAGCAGCAGUCAGCCACCGUCCUUCCACUGUUCUCCGCUGAGUCCUUCCUCCUUCUACAUGAAGCCCCACAUGGAUGCAGUGCUCCACCCUCCGUUGUUGUGGACACUGGCCUCCUCCAGUGGAGUCUGAACUGUGGGACAAUCCCAUUGGUCUGUCCAGUCGGGAGGGAUGGGCGAGGAUGCUCGGUGAUGUUGGACCCAGUGGAGGUGACGGUGGCUAUUUCCCGAGCCCUGCAACCCCACAAAGUCAUGUUCCUGAACAACUCAGGAGGCCUCUGCACCCAAGAAUGCAAGGUGAUGGACACAGUGUCGUUGCCCAGCGACCUGCCCAGUCUGUCCACGGCGACGUGGCUGAGCGCUGCAGAGCGGCGCAGAGUGAACAGCAUAGCCAGACUGCUCAAUCAACUGCCGAUUGAGUCCUCUGCUGUGAUCACCUCCGCGGACACACUGCUGACCGAGCUGUUCAGCCACAGAGGGUCUGGGACACUCUUUAAAAAUGGAGACCCCAUACACCGGUUCAGCUCUCUGGAUGAGAUCGAUGUGGAGCGCCUGCUGGCUCUCAUCAACAAGUCAUUUGAUAAAACUCUGAGGCAAGACUACAUCGACUCUCUGAAAGGACGACUGCACUCCAUCUACCUCUCUGAAGGCUACAGUGCGGCAGCCAUCAUCACCAUGGAGCCGGUGAACAGCGGCACUCCCUACCUCGACAAGUUUGUAGUGAGCAGCAGUAAGCAGGGUCAGGGCACCAGCCACGUCCUGUGGGAAAGUAUCAGACAGGACCUGGGCAAACUGUUCUGGAGAUCCAGAGCCACCAACAAGAUCAACCCCUGGUACUUUAAACAUUGUGACGGCAGCUUUGUUCAUGGGGUGUGGACCGUCUUCUGGUUGGGUCUGACAGACAUCAGAGAUUCUUACGAGCUGGUGGAGUAUGCCAAGAACCUCCCAGACUCUUUCCACGCCUCCUCUCUCACCGCCUCCCUGCAACCCCCCACACCGGCGGCUGCAGGACUGUGAGCAGCCUCCUACCGGCUGCUGGUUGUGUAGUUUUGGUGGUAGUGGUGGGCUUGGGUGUGUGUUCUCUUCCUUGAAACUUGAAAACCAACACUACAUACAUUUAAUAUUAUUACAAGAAAUAAAUCAUCCUCUAUUUGUAAAGAGUUCAAGUAGAGCUGGAGUAGAUUAGUAGACCUUUUAGAGCUGAGUGUUUCAGAGGCAUUUCCACUUUGCUAAGAAACACUGUCACUAAAUCCACACUGAGGUCGCUUCAUUUGAUAAGGCAACUUCUCUAAUUUUACACUUUUCAUCCAGACUGAACUGGUGGUGUUCACACCCAGAAAUGCUCUUCAGAGUGGAGAUAUCUCAAAACUGUGGUGUUGGGUUGUAAUGUGGACCAGGAAGACCGCUUUUUCAAAAUACUUACGGUACUGUAUGCCUUCACAAACACAGCCAGGUGCUGUGUCGCCUCCAGAUCUUUCUGUGAUCGCUUAUUCUGAAAGUAAAUACGUCAAACUGGGCAAUACAGGUGCUAUUGCAGAGUUCAGUUUACUCGUUGGGACGAGUCCUGCUCAGCUUAAGAAAACAGUGGCUGGUGUUUUCUGUGGCUCUGUAAGGAGCUUUUUUGAAGUUUGAGAAAAUAACCAUGAUGAUGUCAUAGCGACAUCAUCAGGGUUGUCUUGGCUUUAGCUUGCAAGCAGAAAGCCUGCGUUACAUACUGGAGGUGUGGAGUUAGGAAAAUGUGGGCAUUCACCAGUCAGAGACUGAUGAAAGAUGCAAUUGAGAUGCAUUGUGGGAAAUGUAGGAUCCAGUGUUUUUAAAAGUCAACAGAUCUCAGCGUGUGUUGCUUCAAUUUCGGCCAUCUUUUCAUUUGCUGAUUCACGUCAUCUGCAAGUUUACUUACUUGAAUAACUGGUGUACACUUUUAAUCUAUAUGUUGUCAGAUAAAUUUACAAGAAUAAAAUAAACAAGAUUUUCCAGAUUCGUAUUGUUUCGGCUGUGAAAGUAAGCGUUAGAAUCCACAAGUUUUUUUUGCCAGCCGGUCAGAAAACAAACCUCUAAACCGCUGCUUUUCUCUUGCAAUUCUUAAAUGCCAAAGUGUGAUGUUUUAUUGCUGAUUGUUGUUGUUUGUGUGUAAUAUUAUACUUUCAAUAAAGCACUUCAGCCCAAACAACUCACACGUA